AUGCAAAUUCCGAGCAAAGACCUUCAAAUAAGAGAGUGUCGCUUUAUUGCCAUUCAAUUUGUAUCUACUUGUUUAACCUCCUCGAAGUUUACAUUGACCUUAACUGGACCCGAUUUCACGUCGUACAAAGUGGAAGAUCCUUUUAAACGCCUUGGGCCGAUUGCAAUAUUCUCUGCCCGUCGUCACUGGACUGCGCCACGCUGUGUUCGACUACAAAAAGGAUCCGCAAUAUGUCAUGACUUUAGUGCCUGCCCCUGUGACACUGUCACUACGCGUGUGGCUCAUGAAAAGGACUGCCGCCAAUAUAAAGAAGAGAUAGAGAACUUUGGGUUUCAAGUCAGCGGCGAUUCGCCGGUCAUUAUAGCUCACGUGGAGAUCAAUUCGCUGGCUGACCUUGGCGGCAUCAAGGAGGGAGAUUUCGUUGUCGAAAUCGAGGGCAUGGAUGUCAAGUGGUUUUCACACCAACAGGUUGUACAUCUCAUACAAUCAUGUGGUUCCGUCCUUGAGCUGAAAGUCAUAACUCCAAUGGAUCGCAAUUAUUUGAAGCCCUUGUCCUCGAAGGGUUCUAUAUCAACGUUGUCAGCGGCUAGCUCAUCAGGUUUUUCAUCGGACUCUUCAAGUCCCACAAACACUACAACAAAGCCCGAACCUCUCAUGAAGACCUCAACAAAGGGACGUUUUGUUGGUAGCGUUUCGUCCGGCUUCUGGAAUCCAUUCCGACGGACGCCGAGCAUAGCCAAAAUGUUCUGAGGUUUAGAAGGGAUUAAUUUAAUUAGGUGUAUUCUCACUUCCGAAGCAGUUGCCAUUAUAAAAUAGAACGAAUGAUGAGAUAUAAUUUGGAAAA